UCAGGAAUGAAAUGCCUCUUCAGAUUGUAAAAUUGAUUUCGGAAUCAUGUAUACAUGUGGGUUCAGAACGCCGAUAUCAAAGACUUUGGAACUUGACCUUGUAUUUAAAUCAUUUUAAGGACCGUCCCGUAACCGUGAAACAAACCAACACCACAAAACACUUCCGAUUCUAAAUUUAAAUCAACAGACUAUAUUUAAUUUAAAUAACUUAAAAACCAGAAUCAUUCCGUCUGCGAGUCUCGUGCUGACCGUUUCAUUCAUACAUGUGUAUGGAGUUUUGAUUUAAAAAUCAUUUCUAACAAUAUCAAGAAUACCUAGGGUUCGGGAAUUUUAUAGAGGGAUAAAAGAAAGAAAAUCCAGUUCAUUAUAGCGACCAAUUCUGUGACAACGUCAACACAAGAACAGUCUACAACAAACAGUCGAAGUGGACGGCAAACCAUUCUUAUUAACAAUGGCUCUCAAACUUCAUCGUAAUACGAUAUGGACACACAAUACAAACAAUAUUGGACAUCUUGGACUUCACAGUGAAACCAAAAACCUGACUCUCGCAAAAAAUACGAGCGUGAAGAAACAUUUUGGUGUUCUUAUUACUGCUCUGAAAACGAGUGAGAAACAGAAUUUCAGAAUCAUGAGUGGAAACCGACGUGAACUUGAACAGUCCUUAUUGGCUCUCACGCAGAGAAUGCGAGAAAUCAACGCAAACCGACUCUCGGUGCCUGCAAUGAGAAAGACUUCUACCUCUUCGAGAGAUUCGAGGUCCGUUUCUGAUGUCAGCACAUUUUCGUUUUCAUCGUCCAAUUCCAGUGCCACGUCUUAUAACUCUUUUUCGAAAUACAUUGGUCGAAGACUUUCGCCGGUAAAAGGGAAAAGAAAAUCUCGGGUUUCACUCGAGAAAGAUACUGUAGACAAUGAUAAACAGGAGGAAGAUGGGAAGAAAAGAGAACGGAGAUUGGCUACGAUCUCUCCGCCAAAUAUCGUUGAGCUUCAGAAGAUGUCCGAAGAUCCAAAUGAAUUUGCUGAAAAAGCAAACUUCUCUCUACCCGAGUUACAGGACAGAGUUUUUCUGCGUAAAAGCUCUGUUCGAAUUACUCCGUUUCCCGAUCUUCCAGUAGAAUCGGAAAAUACUAAUAGGGAGGAAUCAUCAUCAACCGUUUCUGGUGAUCAUGGCAGCACUCCAAGACGAUCAGUACGCAAAAAGUCCAAAGUCGGCAAAAAAUAUAGCAAAGGAAGCAUGGAAGACAUUCAUGUGCAGGAACCAGAAACAACCCGCAACAACCCUCACGCAAGAAUGAUUGCACUGCAGAAACUGCAGAUGGAAACCCAGAAGCGAGCUGCGCUUAUUGAAAAACAGAGACAAGAAUUGAUCAAGAAAAAUCGCAAAGAAGUGACUGAAUGUUUUCGAUAUUCGCAUGCCGUGGAGCAGUUUCUGAAAUCAAAAAGACAAAAUUCCAAGAUUUCUAUGUCUGAUGUACCAGAUGAGGUCGAAUACGACGACCAGGGACGCGAGAUUCGCCAUCUCGGUCCUUCUGUUUUGGCCGUGAUAAACGUGGAUGACAUGGACUACGUCACCAGCGUCACUGUGCGUCGCAGACGACACACAACAAGCGGUCUAGGAGAAAAACGACCGAGUUUCUACAGAUCGAAAUCAAGAAAAUCAAUCGCUUCCAUUUAUCACCCAUUGCCGAGCAUCAGCAAGGAAUCAAAACCAACGGAACAGUCUUCCAAGAAACUUAUCUCAAAAGACAGUCUUCCGCCACUUGCAGAGGAGCAAGUAGUAGUCACGUGAGACAUUCUACGUAUGCGCGGUCGAAUUUCUAAGCAGCCAUGAAAUCUAAACUUUUUGGAACAAUCACGUUUUAGUGUUUAUAGCUAGGUCUUGCCUUUAUUAAUUAAGGCGUGUCUCUUGAUGCGUUUACACGAACGUCAAACUUGCCAUUUAUGUAUUGAAUGAAUAAAUCAUUUAUGUUAUAUU